CAAAGGCUUCCUUUCCAUAAGGAACCCUGUUGUCCUUCACUGUCUUGUUUGGACAACAUCAGGACAUUUUGGCACUUUUGACUUGAUAUAGGAGUUUGAGAAGUAACAGUACCUGUGGAAUAUUCCAGAACUGCAUGAUUCUACCUCUUAUAGCCCUAAUAAAGUUUCAGCAUCCUAAUCUCCACUUUCUUUGCAUGGGAUGGUAGUUGAGGAGAACAUGUCAGCCUAGGUGACUGUCCGGGUUAUAUUACCUUUCCCACAUGUGUUGUCAUUUGGUUUCACACAGUGACGUGACUUACUCCAUUUGUCAGAUAUGGAACAGAAGAAUCCAUGGCACAGAAAAACUAUCCUAUGCAUCUUGUUUCUUUUCCUGCUGGGAAUUGUAGCCUUGGUGUGUAUAGGAGUUAUUCAGAACAGACCUCUUCCUGAAAAUGUCAAGUAUGGCAUCGUCUUGGAUGCUGGCUCAUCUCAUACCAGCGUAUUUGUGUAUUCGUGGCCAGGAGAAAAAGAAAAUGACACUGGGGUUGUAAAACAGGUCACACAUUGUAACGUCAAUGGUUCCGGCAUUUCCAGUUAUGCUAACAAAGUACAGAAUGCUGGAAAGUCAUUGCAGAACUGCAUGGAUAAAGCAAUGGAGGAUAUUCCAAAAAGGAGACACAGUGAGACUCCAGUGUACCUAGGAGCUACAGCAGGAAUGCGUUUACUUGAACUCCAGAAUGCAACAUUGUCAGAUGGAGUUCUUGCUUCAGUAAAGCACACACUGAGCAGCUAUCCCUUUAACUUCCAAGGUGCUAGGAUCAUCUCUGGACAGGAAGAGGGAGCUUAUGGAUGGAUAACCAUCAACUACCUCCUUGAAACAUUUUUUGAGCCCCAAAGUAUUUUUAGAAGUGAGCUCACGAAUACGUAUGGAGCCUUGGAUCUUGGAGGAGCUUCAACUCAGAUAACAUUUGUGCCUGAGGAACAGAUAGAGUCUCCACAAAAUCUGUCAUAUUUCCGACUGUAUGGGAGGUCAUACAAUGUCUAUACUCACAGUUAUCUCUGCUAUGGGAAAGAUCAAGCCCUUAGAGUUAUGUUGGCUAAACAACAACAGGAAUCAAAUGGCAGCAACAUUAUCAGGACUCCAUGCUUCUACAAAGACUUUGAGAUGAACUACACAGAUGUCUAUAGCAGUCCAUGUACCGCAUCUUAUUUAAAAGAAGAUAUGAACUCAAAUAUAUCCAUCCUAGUGGUUGGAGAGGGUGACGCAGAAAAGUGCAGACAAAACCUAAAAAAUCUCUUCAACAAGUCAACUUGCAGGUUUUCAAAUUGUGGCUUUAAUGAUGUCUUCCAGCCACAUGUUUUCGGGAAGUUUGGGGCUUUCUCUGCUUUUUAUUACGUGAUGAGGACUCUGAAUGCCAGUGAUACUCCAUUGCCACUCCAUGAAAUCAAGGAAAGAACAAAGGUUUUCUGCAAGAAGACAUGGCAGCAGGUCAAACAAGAGAAUGCACAUGUGAAAGAGAAGUACUUGAAAUACUUGAUGGAGACCUGUUUUUCUGCCAAUUACAUUCUCAUGCUGCUAGAAUAUGGUUACAAAUUUUCCAAUGAAACUUGGGAGAACAUUGAAUUCCGUAGAAAGAUCAAAAAUACUGAUGCUGGAUGGACUCUGGGAUAUAUGCUGAACCUAACAAACAUGAUUCCUGCUGAAUCAAAGCAACAGCCCCUUCUCCCGUAUGGUGGAUAUGUGACUCUAAUGGUCCUCUUCUCCAUUUUCCUGCUUGUUGUUCUUCUGAUGGGCUUAAUAUGUUUUCAAAGACGCAGCUGUACAACUGGGAAAUAUUCAAUUUAAUUUACAGUCUAUGUUAGGGAUCACUCACAUGGAGUUUGAAUUUUACCAGUAAUAAGAAAAGGUGCCAGUUUUAUUUAAUGAAUUCUGUUACAAAAAAGGAUAAUUUUUUUCAAAACAAGAUGACCGUGUGAACAGACUGAAGAGAAGGUUGCUUUCAACACAAACAUACUCCUUUUGUGGAAACAAACUGCUGUAUUUGAACCUUUUUUCAGGGCAUUACUGAAUUCAUUGUAAUUGCAAAGCCUACAAGGAACUGUGAACUUGAAUGUUAAACAGCAAAUCAUUUCCAGGAGCAUCACAAGCAAACAGUGCAACAGCAAACGUCCUUGGGUCUGAUUCCUGUUAUAUAACCAAAUGUAUUGUUUAUUUCUAACUGUUUCGUCCCUGUUGAAAGGGAGCAUGCAUAUUUUCAAACCAAGGACAUCCAGGCAAGAAAUAUGGUUUGGGUUUGCACUGAGGUAAUAGGGACCAAGGCACUCUUUAUGAACCUUUUUUUUUAAAGAUAGUUGCAGUAUAGUAUUAGGACAGGACUUCCAGCAUUCAGCAUAGUAUCAAAAGCAGGAGUUUUACUUUCCACUUGGGGCUAGUUUAUUACUGUGUUGAUAUUGCUGAAUGACAAACCAAAGAUUAGAAAGUUGAAUUUCUCUUGUGUGUGGGAGUCUUUUCAAGACAGUAUUAAAUUGAUGUUCGAGGGGCUCAGGAUGUUUAUACUCUCAUUCCUAUAUUAUUAUUUUUGUCAAACAGAAAAUUUCAUUUACAUCAUUGUGAGUGUUUCAGCAUUUUACCACUACCAAGUUAUAUAGAAGCAUAUACUGUAUGUGGAAUGUAGAUAAAGGGAACGAAUCGGCCCACAGAGCUGUCACUUACCAAUCUUUCGCCACUUUAAAAUAGUAAAUAACAUGGAUCUGUGAUUUGCCAGGGACUACACAUUCACCAAAACACAUCAGGGCCUUACAGGAAAUAACUCCCAAAAAGGUACAUUUUUAGUAUAUUCUUAGUAUUACUAGUAUGGCAAAAGAAAAGUAAAUAAAAAUAUAUUUAUGCAAGGGGCACUCCUCCCCUGCGCUCCUCGUGUGUGGGGGGAUGGGAGGGGGGACUGUGCCAUCCAUGUCUGCUACUUUAUUAUUCAUGUACCAAGGUCAUACAGCCUCAGGGAUAAUCUGAAAUGUUUCUUGAGAUACUUAGAAGUCGCCCGUCACUACAGCUGUGCAAUCUUAAUGUAAGAGUUAUGAAGUAUUGAGGUUUUGGGGUACAGCCAUCUACAUGGUGGUAUCAUAGACGUGACAUCUUUGCAAAAUCAUAUAAUUGUGGUUUCCAAUAUUUAUCCUGCAUUGUUUUGUUUUAGUGGAACUGAAUCAACAAUUAAGUGAAAAAGUGCUUUGUAUAAUUUAUCAUUUUUAGUAGGCAUUAUGUAGUUUAGUAGAAGACUUGAGUCUGUGUCUGCAUGAGCUCAUCAGCAAAAGGGACAUACUUUUACUGCAUUCUGUAUUUCUCUGUUUAGAAGCUGCCACAAUGCUUUGUUACCAUGUUUGUGUUGGCAGUUACAUGAAAGAAUUAUUCAGAUGAUCUCUCUCUGAGUUGAGAAAGUAAUAAGAUACCAUGGAUGCAAAGAAAGUUAAAGCUACCUCCAUCUAAGAAUAAAGGAGGUGACUUAUCUGAUAUAAAAGUACCUAAUUUUCACCAGCUCAAGCUCAGAUAAAUAAGAAAAAGCAUAUAAAUUUAGGCAGUGAGAAGAACUAAAUACACCUUAGCCUCUAUGGAAAAACCAGGUCUAUGUUAAAUCAUCAAAAGCUUAAAAAAGUGAACGAUGAUUUAUCGUGCCCAUGUAAGUGAAAGCUUACAAUCUCAAACGCUUAGAACAGCGAUUUUUUUUUCCCCAAGG